AUGUAUCGUCUGAGGGAUGGCACGCGUUUCAAUCCGUGGCCUAACGCUGCCAGGGGAGAUUGUGGUCCGCAAUCCAUCAUCGAUCUUCGUCGGAUCGAGGCCGGGGCUACCCCCGGAACAUCCCGCGGGGAACGGCAACAACUUGCUGACAUCCGAAAGCUUCGCCGCGAUGUAGCCAGUCUCGGACGCGCACGGAUCCACCCCACGGUGGAGGAUGGACAAUUUACUGAUGACUUCCUCUUUGGGACCGUCCAAGUUCAGGAGAGGCCCAUAGAAGAAUUGAUGUCCAACCCUCUCCUACUCAUCUUGAACAGGGAGACAUGGUUAAAGGUGGCGGAACACGACGGUGGACAUUGGGACGGGAAACACAUGGAGGCCGCGGCUGUCGUAUCAGGUCUAGAAAGCUUCAGGCUCGUGAAGGCGACGAAAGAGGGGGAACUCGUUCCGUGUUACGGCGGGAACGACCUGCAGCCACAUUUCCCGAUGGCGAUAUGGCACCCAUGUGGGCAAUUCGAGGCCGUGUUCAAGGUUGAACCCCAGCCGGCUUCCAAAGAGCCCGUUGCAGCGAAGGAGCCCACCGCAGCCAAGGAGCCCGGCGUAGCGAAGGAGCCCACCGCCCCAGGGGAGGCCGCUGCCCUCGAGGAGCCCGUCGCAGCAACGGAGUCUGCCGCACCCAAGAAGCCUGUCGCGGGGAAAAAGCCCGCCGCCCCGGAGGGACCCGCCGCCCCCGAGGAGCCCACUGCAGCGAAGGAGCCCACCGUCCCGGAGGAGGCCACCGCCCCCGAGGAGCCCGCUGCAGACAAGGAGCCUGUCGCAGUGAAGGAGCCCGCCGAACCCAACGAGUCCGCAGAAGCGAAGGAGCCCACUGCAGCGACGGAUCCUGGCGUGAUCAACAAGCCCGCCGCCCACGAUGACUCUGUCGCAACCAGGGACCCCGCCGCCGCAGCCGAGGAGCCCGUCAUCAUCAAGCAGCCUUCCGCAGACAAGAAGACCGCCGCAGUCAAGCAGGCCGCCGCAGCCGAGGAGCCCGUCAUCAUCAAGCAGCCUUCCGCAGACAAGAAGACCGCCGCAGUCAAGCAGGGUGGAGACGGCUGGGUUCUCGUGGGCAAGAAUGGGCGCCCGACGACCGCGGGUGGUGGUGGUGGCUUAGGCAUGGAUGAGCGCGCCGAGAGGAGCAGCGUCAUCAACAAGGUGUGUUUCAUGUAG